AGGAUUCCCUGGUCGUUUUCAGGGUGGAAGACACCUUGUCAUAAGUAAAAACUAUGCCGGUUAUAAACGUAGAGGAUCUGACGGACCUGGAUAAGGCAAAAAUGGAAGUAAAUCAGCUAAAAAUUGAGGUAAAACUAGAGAGGGAAAAGGUGUCUAAAGGCUGUGAAGAAAUCAUGGAAUAUAUUCAGAGUGGUACAGAUGACGAUCCCUUGGUCAAAGGCAUCCCAGAGGAGAAGAAUCCAUUCAAGGAGAAAGGUGGAUGUGUCAUUUCCUAAUGUGGACAGAGGCUUUUUCCCUACCUUUAAAAGUGUAAAGACUUGGGACAGUACAUGAAGACUGGUUUAUUAAUAGCCAAAAACAUCUUUGCUGCCUAAUAUUGAGAAAACACUGUCAAUGAUAGAUAUU